AGUGCACCUAGUGCACCAAUGAAUUCUUUGUAUGUUGGUGACCUCCACCAAAAUGUCACCGAGGCAGACCUAAACGAGAUGUUUAGUGAGGCUGGACCAAUCUUUUCUGUUCGUGUAUGUAGGGAUCGGGAUACACAUUGUUCCCUCGGGUACGCCUACGUUAACUUUUAUCAGCAAGACGAUGCUGAUCGUGCCCUGCUCAUGUUCAGCAAUGAUAUGCUCGAAGGAAGAUAUCUGCGCAUCAUGAGGUCUGAUCCUGACUGUACCCUGAGGAAGAGUGGGGUGGGAAACAUCUUCAUCAAGAACCUGGACAAGAAGUCUAUAACAAACAAAAACCUGUACGAGACCUUCUCAGCAUUUGGAGACAUCUACUCUAGCAAGGUAGUUUGUGACGAGAAUGGCCAUUCCAAAGGUUAUGGUUAUAUUCAGUACAAGACCCAGGAGGCUGCUGAUAGAGCCAUCGAGAAAUUAAAUGGCAUGUUAAUGGAUAACGAAAAAGUGUUUAUCGAGCACUUUAUGUCACGCAAAGAGCGAGAGGAGGUGCUUGGAGCCAAGGCCAGAGAGUUCAACAACGUGUUUGUCAAGAACCUUGGCAGAGACACGAACGAUGAGAAACUGAUUGAGCUUUUUGGGAAAUAUGGACCAACCGUUAGUGUCAAGGUUAUGAAAGACGAUAACGGGAAGUCGAGUGGGUUCGGUUUUGUUUGCUUUGAGAGGCAUGAGGAUGCACAGAGAGCCGUGAACGAGAUGAACAGGAAGGAGCUAAACGGGAGGCUGAUAUAUGUAGGCCGCGCACAGAAGAAAGCCGAGCGCCAGGCGUUGCUGAAACUCAAGUUUGGGCAGAAGAAGCCUGACCCCAAGGCCAAAUACAGAGGUGUAAAUCUCUUUGUAAAGAACCUGGAUGAUGCCUUUGAUGAUCACCGUUUAAGGAGGGAGUUUUCUGCAUUCGGAACAAUCGUCAGCGCCAAGGUGAUGACGGAGAGCGGGCGCAGCAAAGGCUUUGGCUUUGUUUCCCUCUCCUCCCCCGAGGAGGCCACCAAGGCUGUGACGGAGAUGAAUGGCCGUAUUGUGGGAACCAAGCCGCUUUACGUGGCCCUGGCUCAGAGCAAGGAACAGCGGCAACAAUACCUGGCAGACCGGUACAAGCAGAGGCUGGUCAGUGUCAUGGCAGUGCCCAACCCCAUCAUCAACUCCUACCAGCCUCCUAUUCCACAGGUAAAUCCAUCCUUUUACUCCAAUGUACACAUUCCACAGGCCCAGUCCCAUGCAGCUGCCUACUACUUCAGCAACCAACUGGCUCAGCUGAGUUCCAGCCCUGGCAUGAUGACCGUUGAGCGGAUAGCAACUCAGGCCUUGGGCCAGCGCCCACAUCAUCCUGCCAGUGCAGAUGCAGCCACUGCCAUGAGCAAGCCUCGGAAUUCAACAUUCGCAGCUGGCGAUGGCUUACGCAAUAACCCUCUGCUCCCCACGGCAGUCCAUAUUGAAGUCCAGGAGCCUCACCAAGCUAAAGCCGGACAGAAAUCUGUCCCAAACACUGGAGCUUGAAGCCAAGAGAGGAACAGGGUCCUACAAACUUCCUUUACAGAAGAAGAAAGAAAAAU